CUCAUCAUGAGCAGCUCCGCGCGGCUCUGUGCUGGAUCGCCCUUCACUUCGCGCUACAGCAUUCAGCACCGCAGUGUGCAGCCCGAGCGCACACACACACACACUCUCUCUCUCUCACACACACACACACACACACAUACUCCUGCUAGAGGUCGCUCCGCCGUUCUGCUGGCCGCGGGCAGUAUGCGCCGGGCCGCCGCGCAGGGGUUCUGAGGGCCCGGCUGAAUCCCCCUGAUCGGCCUGGCAGCUUCUCUCGCACCGCCAUCGCCGCUGCACGGAGACGGAGCGUUUAAGUCGCACGAAGAAAGUCACGUCUAAGGCGACACUGACAGAGACUCGAACAUGGCUACUCCAACCCGCCCAUCGCCGGAAGAAGCGUCCCCAACACCCCAGCACCGCAUUCGCCAGGUAAGUUCAGACCAGGAGGACAGAGCGGAUCAAGUGACCACCAUGUUGCGUAAGUCCGACAGCAACACCAGCUUCCUGCGGGCUGCACGGGCAGGGAACCUGGAGAAGGUGCUGGAGUACCUGAAGGGAGGUGUGGACAUCAGCACCUGCAACCAGAACGGGCUGAAUGCGCUGCACCUGGCCGCUAAGGAGGGCCACGCGGAGCUGGUCGAGGAACUGCUGGAGAGGGGCGCGGCCGUGGACUCAGCCACCAAGAAGGGAAACACAGCGCUGCAUAUUGCCUCCCUGGCAGGGCAGCAGGAGGUGGCCAAAUUGCUGGUGAAGCGCGGAGCCGAUGUCAACGCACAGUCUCAGAAUGGCUUCACUCCGCUGUACAUGGCAGCCCAGGAGAAUCACCUGGACGUGGUGUAUUACCUGCUGGAGAACGGAGGAAACCAGAGCACAGCCACUGAGGACGGCUUCACUCCCCUGGCCAUUGCUUUGCAGCAAGGCCAUAACCAGGUGGUGUCUCUGCUGCUGGAGAAGGACACCAAGGGCAAAGUGCGUCUGCCUGCGCUGCACAUCGCCGCCCGCAAGGACGACACCAAGGCCGCCGCGCUGCUGCUGCAGAACGACCACAACGCCGACGUGCAGUCCAAGAUGAUGGUUAACAGGACUACUGAGAAUGGAAAGAGUGGCUUCACGCCGCUGCACAUUGCUGCUCACUAUGGGAAUGUGAAUGUUUCCACGCUGCUGCUGAAUCGCGGGGCGGCUGUGGACUUCACUGCCAGGAACGGCAUCACCCCCCUGCACGUCGCCUCCAAGCGCGGAAAUACCAACAUGGUGGCCCUGCUGCUGGACCGCGGCGCGCAGAUCGAUGCCAAGACGCGGGACGGCCUGACCCCCCUGCACUGCGCUGCGAGGAGCGGCCACCACCACACUGUGGAGCUGCUGCUGGAGAGACAGGCUCCCCUGCUGGCCAGAACCAAGAACGGUCUGUCCCCGCUGCACAUGUCUGCGCAGGGCGACCAUGUUGACUGCAUCAAGCACCUGCUGCAGCACAAGGCGCCUGUUGAUGACGUCACGCUGGACUACCUGACUGCGCUGCAUGUGGCUGCGCACUGCGGCCACCACAGAGUCAGCAAGCUGCUGCUGGACCAGAGGGCCAACCCCAACGCCCGCGCCCUGAACGGCUUCACUCCGCUCCACAUCGCCUGCAAGAAGAACAGGGUGAAGGUGAUGGAGCUGCUGGUGAAGUACGGCGCAGUGAUCCAGGCCAUCACUGAGUCUGGACUCACUCCCAUCCACGUCGCCGCCUUCAUGGGCCACCUGAACAUCGUCCUGCUACUGCUGCAGAACGGAGCCUCACCCGACAUCCGCAACAUCAGAGGGGAGAGCGCUCUGCACAUGGCGGCUCGAGCGGGACAGACAGAGGUGGUGCGCUGCCUGCUGAGGAACGGAGCACUGGUGGAUGCCAGAGCCAGAGAGGAUCAGACGGCGCUGCACAUCGCCUCCCGCCUGGGGAAGGCCGACAUCGUGCAGCUUCUGCUGCAGCACGUUGCUCAUCCCGACGCCGCCACCAGCAACGGCUACACCCCCCUGCACAUCUCCGCCCGGGAGGGUCAGCUGGGCGUCGCCUCCGUGCUGCUGGAGGCGGGGGCCUCCCUCUCCCUCCCCACCAAGAAAGGAUUCACUCCACUGCACGUGGCUGCAAAGUACGGAAGCCUGGAUGUGGCAAAACUCCUCCUACAGCGCCGUGCUCCUCCAGACGCAGCGGGCAAGAACGGGCUCACCCCACUCCACGUCGCUACGCACUACGACAGCCAGGAGGUGGCGCUCCUGCUCCUGGACAAAGGGGCGUCCCCCCACACGACGGCAAAGAACGGCUACACGCCCCUCCACAUCGCCGCCAGGAGGAAGCAGAUGGGCGUGGCGGAGGCGCUGCUGCAGCGGGGCGCGGACGCGGCCGCUCCCACCCGGCAGGGCGUGGCCCCGCUGCACCUGGCGUCUCAGGAGGGUCACGGCGACAUGGCAACCCUGCUGCUGCAGAACGGAGCGCAGGUCAACACGCCCACCCAGAGCGGACUCACCUGCCUGCAUCUCGCAGCCCAGGAGGACAAGCUGAGCGUGGCGGAAAUACUGAGAGAGCACCACGCCCACACCGAGCAGCAGACCAAGCUGGGUUACACUCCUCUCAUAGUGGCCUGUCACUACGGAAACGUGAAAAUGGUCAACUUCCUGCUGCAGCACGGUGCCAAUGUGAACGCCAAAACCAAGAGCGGAUACACACCCCUGCACCAGGCAGCCCAGCAGGGAAACACUCACAUCAUCAACCUGCUGCUGCAGCAUGGAGCCAAAGCCAACACUGUCACUGUGAACGGAAACACAGCUCUGGACAUUGCCCGCCGCCUCGGCUACAUCUCUGUGGUCGACACCCUGAAGGUCGUCACCGAGGAAGUCAUCACCACAACAACCACGGUGACAGAGAAACACAAGUUGAAUGUCCCAGAGACUAUGACAGAGAUUCUGGAUGUGUCUGAUGAGGAAGGUGAGGACACCAUGACGGGGGAUGGGGGUGAGUACCUGCGGGCGGAGGACCUGCGGGAGCUGGGGGAUGACUCGCUCCCCGGACAGUACCUGGGAAUGAACUACCUGCGUUUCAGCCUGGAGGGGGUGCGGUCCGACAGCCUGCGGUCCUUCAGUUCGGACAGGUCCCACCCCACGCCGAGGCACAGCGGGUACCCCCAGAGGGACGGGGUGCUAAUCGAGGACAUGGUCAGCAGCCAGCAGAUGGUGACACUCUCUGUGGAGAAGGACUCAUACCGUCUGAGCUGGGGCACGGAGAACCUGGACAACAUAGCCCUGUCCUCCAGCGCAAUGCACUCUGGACGCUCCUCUCCCUGCCUUGAUCAGGACAACAGCAGCUUCCUCGUCAGCUUCAUGGUGGACGCCAGGGGCGGAGCCAUGCGGGGGUGUCGGCACAACGGGCUGCGCAUCAUCGUCCCGCCGCGCAAGUGCUCCGCCCCCACGCGCGUGACCUGCCGGCUGGUGAAGCGGCACCGCGUGGCCUGCAUGCCUCCCCUGGUGGACGGGGACGGCCUGGCCAGCCGCCUGGCCGAGCUGGGGCCCGCCGGAGCACAGUUCCUGGGGAAGCUGCACCUGCCGGCGGCCCCUCCCCCUCUAAAUGAGGGUGAGAGUUUGGUCAGCCGUAUCCUGCAGCUAGGACCUCCAGGGACCCGAUUCCUGGGGCCCGUGGUGGUGGAGAUCCCGCACUUCGCGGCUCUGCGGGGGGCGGAGCGGGAGCUGGUGGUGCUGCGCAGUGAGACGGGGGAGAGCUGGAAGGAGCAUCACUGUGAGCACACCCAGGAGGACCUCAACCAGAUCCUCAACGGCAUGGACGAAGAGCUGGACACUGCGGAGGAGCUGGAGAGGAAGCGCAUCUGCCGCAUCGUCACUCGAGAUUUCCCACAAUACUUUGCGGUGGUGUCACGGAUCAAGCAGGACAGCAGCCUGAUUGGGCCGGAGGGCGGGGUGCUGAGCAGCAGCGUGGUUCCGCAGGUGCAGGUGGUCUUCCCGGAGGGCGCUCUCACCAAGCGGAUCCGCGUGGGCCUGCAGGCCCAACCCAUUGAAGUGGAGCUGGUGAGGAGGAUUCUGGGUAACAAGGCCACGUUCGGGCCUAUCGUUACCCUGGAGCCCCGGAGGAGGAAGUUCCACAAACCCAUCACCAUGACCAUACCCAUCCCCAAGAGCUCAGCCAAUGAGGUGCUGGCAAGUGGGUAUGGAGACACGCCCACUCUGCGCUUACUCUGCAGCAUCACUGGCGGCACCACUCCUGCCCAAUGGGAAGACAUCACAGGAACCACGCCCCUCACGUUCACCAAUGAGUGUGUGUCUUUCACAACAAACGUUUCUGCAAGGUUCUGGCUGGUAGACUGUCGGCAGAUGCAGGAGGCGGCGAGUUUCUCCUCGCAGGUGUACAGGGAGGUCAUCUGCGUCCCCUACAUGGCCAAAUUCGUCAUCUUCGCCAAAACGCUGGACCCCGUCGAGGCACGGCUGCGCUGCUUCUGCAUGACCGACGACAAGGUGGACAAAACGCUGGAGCAGCAGGAGCACUUCACCGAGGUGGCGCGCAGCCGCGACGUGGAGGUGCUGGAGGGGAAGCCCAUCUAUGCAGACUGCUUUGGAAACCUGCUGCCUCUGACCAAGAGUGGCCAGCACCACCUCUUCAGCUUCUUCGCUUUCAAGGAGAACCGGCUGGCCCUUUUCAUCAAAGUUCGAGACAGCACUCAGGAGCCAUGUGGCCGCUUGUCCUUCACCAAGGAGCCCAGGUCCUACCGAAGCUCCGCCCACAACGCCAUCUGUAACCUGAACAUCACGCUGCCUGCGUAUUCAAAGGAGUGUGACUCUGACCAGGAGCCAGAUGAGGAGACUGAGAAGACACAUGAAAAAUCAGAGGCAGAGGAUAGCAUGGACAGCAGAGAGGAGCGACUGGCCAUCAUUGCCGAUCACCUGGGCUUCAGCUGGACCGAGCUGGCACAGGAGCUGGAGUUUAGUGAAGACUGGAUCCAGCAGAUAAAAAGGGAGAAUCCCAACUCCCUGCGGGAGCAGAGUCACGCCCUGCUGCGGCUGUGGGCGGGGCGGGAGGCAGAGUCUGCCACAGAGGACAGUCUGGUUAAGGGACUCAGCAGAAUAAACCGCAUGGACAUCGUGCAUCUGAUGGAAAUAAGAAUGGCCGAGUCUGCUGCAGAGCGCAGGUGGGCCUAUGCAGACAUGCAGAAGACAGUCUCUCUGGACCACAGUGAAGGCUUCUUUGCGCUGCAGGAUGAUGGCAUGGACAGCCCCCGGAUGGCACGGCAUGGGUCCCACAGACCCCCUGCUGCCUCUGAGGAGGACCUGUCUGUGUCGUCCCUCCACGAGACCCCCCUCCGAGCAGAGCCCCACGUACACAGCGUCCGGGAGCAGGAGCAGCGGCAGCCUCACACACACAGGGAGUCACACGUGUACCUCAGGAGGGUACUGACAGCAGAGAGCGCGGAGGGUGACCGGGUGUUGUGUUGCAGUGGAGCGGCCCUGGAAGAUGAAGAUGACGAUGAAGAGGUUGGAAUGGAGCUGAGAAAUGUGAGCGCUGGCCAACAUUCUGAGGCCAUGCUGGACAUACCCCCCCAGACAGUCACAGAGGAGCAGUACGUGGACAAGCACGGGAACAUGGUGGUGAAGAAGGUGACCAGGAAGGUGGUCCGUCGGUUCGUAUCGGCGGACGGGGCAGAGCUGCAGGAGGCUUCUGUGGAGGCACCUGAGCAGGAGGCGGUCAGGGUGGAGGCAGGAGACGGCUACUCCAAAGUCCUGAAGAGGAUGGUGCUGAGGAGUGAGGGCGAUCAGUCAGAGGUGACCUUCACUGAGACCCUGCCAUUGGCCGCAGAGGUGGGGCGCAGGGUCAGACAGGUGACCAGGACCUCGAUGGUGGAGGGGGAGAGGGUGGAGAAGCACCUGGGAGACCCCACCCUCGCCACUGACCUCCCCUCUGCCAAAGACGACUUCCAACAGGACUCGGCUGCGCAGCGCCCGCAGGCGGAGGAGGACAGCACAGAAGGAUGCUGAGGGGAGGCAGGUGCAGGAGUGUGUGGAGGCGGCACCCGAAGCCCUGCAGCCCGACAGCCUCCAGCGGAGCCUACAGCAGCUGCUCCAGCUCUGCAGCACCCAGGACAGGAAGUGACACGCUCACGCCGCGCAUAUGCAAUCCCACAAUGCACUUCACCCCACUACUGUCUUCCCUACUCAACACACUGGAGCUCUCGUUUCCAUGGUGACUUGCAGGACACUUGUUUUAAUCUUAUGUUCUCUUUCUGUGUGUAGAUCCUUUUCCUCUAAGUUCCUGUUUUGCUCAUUUUGUGACCAAAGAUGGUUCUUUUAGCUGUUGGGUGAUUUACUUGUUUACUGGUUGUUUUUUGCUGCUGUGGUGGAAAAAUGAAUCCUUCUGAAAUGGCCCUGGAACAGCACCCUACAGCAGACCGGCUCACCCUCAGACCUCUCUCUGAAACAGCACCCUACAGCUGACCGGCUCACCCUCAGACCUCUCUCUGAAACAGCACCCUACAGCAGACCGGCUCACCCUCAGACCUCUCUCUGAAACAGCACCCUACAGCAGACCGGCUCACCCUCAGACCUCUCUCUGAAACAGCACCCUACAGCUGACCGGCUCACCCUCAGACCUCUCUCUGAAACAGCACCCUACAGCAGACCGGCUCACCCUCAGACCUCUCUCUGAAACAGCACCCUACAGCUGACCGGCUCACCCUCAGACCUCUCUCUGAAACAGCACCCUACAGCUGACCGGCUCACCCUCAGACCUCUCUCUGAAACAGCACCCUACAGCAGACCGGCUCACCCUCAGACCUCUCUCUGAAACAGCACCCUACAGCAGACUGACUCACCCAGACGAUACUUCUGAACAUCUGAGCAUGAACAUUCUCACUGCCCAUCAUAAACACACCCUGUCUGCUUCCCUCCAGGGUCCCUCUGAUCGUGGGAUCCACAUUUACAUACAUUUAGAGGAAGGAGAAAAGUUUUCAACUUUCAGAUGCAACAGCCGAUCGUGUAUGAACACUGUACAACAACGAUGAACUCAGUUCUGCACAAACUGAAGGAGAGCCGAUGUGGAAACCUGCCGUACUGCUAAAGGAUUCAUUGUGUAACAAGUAAGCAUGCACCAGGGUAACUCCGUAAUCUCACAACAGUGUUUUUCACUGAAAGCUCUGUGAUCACUAAAUGACACAAAAAGAAAGUAGAUACAUUUGACUGGAGUUGAUGAAUGCCUAAUUUAUCUGUGGGAACAGUUUAAGGAGAGAGGACACCCAUUGCAAGACUCAGGGGGUCCUGAUACAUGUGGCAAAGCAUAUCAAUGCCAGACUUUUCUUUGACUUAAAAUCCUAUGAAGAGAAGAUGAAACAAAGUAAUGAAGUGAUGAAGUGAUGCUGACGGAGGACUCUCUGUCCUGCUGUCUGUCCAACUCAUCUCUCUCUCGGUCACGCCAGUUCUUUCCAGAAUUUAAAGGGUAACUAUCCUGUCUGUGUGUGUGUGUGUGUGUGUGAGUGCACAUGAGCGUGUGUGUGUGUGUUCAAUGUUCCAGCUCUGAGCACUCUUUUCUCACUUUGUUGUUUUGAGUGUUUUUCUCACCGAAAAGGAAGAGGAAGGAUAUUUUAGUUUGAAGUUUUAUUACCUUGUUUUAAAAUCAUUGAGGAAAGAUCCAGUAGAGAGGCCUGUACACCUGCUCCCUCUUUCAGGGGUUUCUCGGUGGAUGUCUGACUAGAGUUUUUGCAGGAUGAAGUCCCUGCUUUUGUGUGGAAUGCCUGUUGGGAGGGAGAGUGAGAUGGAAGUUCUGUGUCCAGAUCCUGCUGUUAAAUAUCCAUGUAGCUUAAGUUUUCCGCUUUAAAUACGCUGUGUCUGACAUUAUAAUAGCCAGAAUCCAACAUCACCCCCUUCCUCUCUCUAACUGUAGAGCUCGCCUGUUAGGACACUGUGUUUAAGCUUCACAGCUUUAAGGCUGUUCAGAGUAAGGAGUAAAGCUGGAGACCCCAUGCUGAGGGUCGUGUACAGAGGAACCUCAGGCAUGACCCCGCAGCUGUGCUGACAGCUGCCUCUCCUGGUGUCAGAUAAUGGAGGCAUGUGUGGCUGUGCCUCUCUUUCACUCUCCUUCCUUUGCAUGUGAGAGUGUGUGUGUGCGUGUGUGUGUGUGUGUGUGUGUGCGUGUGUGUGUGCAUGUGAACAGAAGGAACUGUAAUAGGGACAUGUACGAAGCCCCUCCUUGGCCGCUGGCCUCCGGAACCAUCUCCAAACGAUGAAAACGAUUUUUAAAAAUCCCCCUCAGCACAGGAACAAGGUUCCCCUGCAGGGGCGUGUCCAGUGGCAGGGUCAAAGGUCAAAGUGUCAGUGGGAUUAUUUAUGAUUGCAAUGCAGACAGUAUCUCCUAUAUGUAACAAUGUAAUGGUUUUCACUUUGCUGUUAACUUUGAGUGUAAUCAGAAGAGACUGAAGGGCUCCUGCAAGCUGUGAGGAGAAAACCUUCAAAAAAUCAGUUUGUUUCCAUGGUGAUGACAAUUAUAUGCGUUAUAUACAAAUAUUUAUGGGGGCAUGUAUUAGUUAUUAAAAGACCUAAAAACCAAUAACACUAAUAUUU